AUGAGCUCAAUCACAGAGGAUAGGACACUGCACAACUUCAUCCUGGAGAACUAUCCAGAUGAAGCGCUUUUGGAGACACUUGAAGAGUACGCGUACUCGCCUGAAGCGACUAAAGCCAUCUCAGAGACUCCGUCGACUCACAGCUUCAGAGAAUGGAUCAGGAGCAUUCGAAGCAGCAAAGCAAGUCUUCCACAGGGUCCAUCACGCUUUGUGACAGACUGGCCAGAAGAUGAGGGGCUAGAUGACAGCUAUCGCAUGUUCCCUAAAGAGCGAAUCAGUGGUGAUGAUGCUUCGUUCGUGACAUCUUCCUCGUUCCUUCACAGUGUGAAAACGGCGAGCAUGAGUCUGGCUAGCCUGAGUAUCUUGAAUCGAGGCAGGUCGAAUACUCAAACAAGCAGCCACCAUCGCAGCAGCACCUUUUCCGGUUCUGACCCCCGAAAAUCUAUUGACAGCAACAGGCUUGGAUCAACUCCUCCCUUUGAUGAAGCGGCGUGGCGCCACGCCAUUCAAAGAUACCGGAUCAUUCAAGAGCUGAUUGAUACUGAAGUAUCGUACAUCUCUAUCCUCAAGAAUCUAUCACAGGGUCUCUCAUUGGUCCUUAUAGCUCCAUCCGGAGUUCACCAAAGCGUCGACAAGCUCAUUACAUUCCAUGAACGACUACUAGCCAGCCUUCGGAACCGUCCAACUGUUUCUACAUCGAAUGCAAACCUCAAUACACGAGGUCCGACCCGCCGAAUGAAAUAUGCAAACGAAAACGACCCAAACCCAUCCACAAUUGGGGUGGAUAGCAUAUUUCUGGCUCCGAAAAAACUUCGUUGGCAAGCAAGCCCACGUAUCCGAUCACCAACUGUUCUUAUGGCUACACCGAAAGAGGCAGCGGACGUAGCAUGCAUCUUAAAGGCACAUCUGCCAGGAUUUCUCGUCUAUAAAGAAUAUCUCAUGAAGUACCCGUCGGUGCAAAGUGAGAUCGAUCAACUACGCCAGACAAAACAGAACUGGCAAGCGUAUGACCAGGGACUAGAAGCAUUAUUCCGGACUGUUCAGCCCUUCAGCUCACGUGAGAAGUACGCAAACCAUGCUCGCACUAUUAGCGAUCUUUUGAUACAGUGCCUUGUAACACACGAAACGCUUCGACAAGCACACCAAGAAACAGUAAAUGUUGCUCAAGAGGUGAACAGCGGCUCCGACGAUCCUAUCGCCAUAGACCGCUAUAGAAAGACAAUGGAGCUCCAAAAAAGGCUUGAAUUUCCCUCGAGCCAGGUAGGGUAUAAUUUACGAGCUAAAACUAAAUCAGUUGUUAACAUAUGUCUCCAGGACUACCAUGAUAUCCUCAAGACGUACGGGCCACUGAAAGUAUGCGGUGUUCUGCAUGUUGCUUACCAAAUCGGGGAAACCGUGUCUGGGAGCUAUAUGGUGUGCGCUUUGUUUGACUCUUAUAUUCUUCUCGCCACGUCAAGUAGUGAUCGCGAAAAAUUCAGGGUUAUGGCCAUCAUUCAUAUCCGUGGGUCAAGACUAGAGGAGCCUGCGAAUGGAAUAGGCUUGCAUUGCUCUGGUACUCCCUAUUCCUGGAAGCUCAUAUUCACCUUCGAACAUAGCCUUGUCGAAUUGAUUUUCAGUGCUUGCUCGGAGAAGGAAGAGACAGAAUGGCUUCGGAACCUAAUAAUUCAGAUCAACCCUGAACAGGAAGCCCGGUCGGAGACCGUCGGACAGCCGGCGCGGAAUUCAUUCAUUUAUUUUGCUCUGAAGCCUCUACAGGCUGUGAUACUGAAUGGUCGUUUGCUGAGCGUUGCGCGACGCAGCUCUAUCCAUGGCACUUUGAUCACAACUGGCAGUCCAGAUUACCUGCCCAUUCAUAUUAAGGGAACUACUGCUCUACCUACAAACCAAGCUACUCGUCCUCCAUUAGGGAGGUCACAGUCUGUGCAAAACUCCCGUCGAGAUAUCGUACUCGCACCAAAGAGACAAAAAAGGGUCAAAAUGGAGAAGCGCCUUGUAGACAUCUGGACUCGCGAUGUCGUCCCGUAUCCCGGAAUGCCAUUGGGAAUAGGGGAGUCUUUUAUGCGAACAUCAACGGACGUCUUGAUGGGAAAGUUCACAAGUUUGCCGCAAUUUGCGCGGCGCACUAAUAGUAACCGUAUAUCGAUAAAGAACAAUAGUGUCGAACAAUUUUCUAUCCCAAAAUCCGAGAAUCACAAAAUGGAGGCUAAAGACGAAGAUUCUAUCAACAGUAGCCCUACCAAAGAGACUGGUCAAGGCCAAGGAGACGACAAAACUGGCCUCCAAAAGGCGGCGAUGGAUGCGCCGAGCACUCAGAGAAGAGGGUUUAUGUCACUUCGCAAGAAGCACUCAAACUUGGUGCAGCGGGCCAUUGGUGAAGCUCCGAGCGAGGUUCGAUAUAAGGGAAGUAGACAGAGUCUCCGCAAACGGCUAAGUGUAGCCUUGUUUAAAUCCAGCUCCCCCGGCAAGUCACGACGAUCCAACUCGGUGGAGGCUUGA